AUGGCUUCCACCAAGGCCGCCGUCCCCCAGGGGGCCCCCUCCGAACCCCCCAAAACCUGCAAAGUGAUCCUCGCCGACACCAUCGCUAAAAAGAUGCUCGCCGAAGUCCAAUCCACCCUCUCGGCCAUCCAACUCCCGCGCCGCCCAACCCUGUCCGCCUUCCUCGCCAAUGACGACCCCCACGCCUACCAGUACGCCGAAUGGUCCAAAAAGACCUGCGAAGAACAAGGCUUCUCGUUCAACCUGGUAAAGGUAGACAAGGAGUCCCUCGAGGAGGCCAUCAUCGCCGCCAACAACGACCCCGAAGUCGACGGUAUCCUCGUCUACUACCCCAUCUGGCCCGCCAACCAAGGCCAUCAGGACCGCUACAUCCAGGAGACCGUCUCCCUCGCCAAGGAUGUUGAAGGUCUCUGCCACACCCACCUCUUCAACAUGUACCACAACGUUCGCUUCCUCGACCCCCCUGCCAAUCUCAAAAAGUCCAUCCUUCCUUGCACCCCAUUGGCGAUUGUCAAAGCGUUGGAACACCUCCAAAUCUACAACCCCAUCCUCGCCUAUGGAAACCGCCUCUACGGAAAGACAAUCACGGUAAUCAACCGCAGCGAAGUCAACGGCCGCCCCCUCGCCGCCCUGCUGGCCAACGACGGCGCGACAGUCUACUCGGUCGACAUCACCGGCGUCCAGCUCUUCACCCGCGGGUCCGGCAUCAAGGCGCUGCGCCACCAAGUCGUCGACAAGCCCGACCUCACUCUCAACGACGUCUUGCCUCUGUCGGAUGUAGUUAUUGGUGGCGUCCCGACUGAAAAGUUCAAGGUGCCGACCGAGUUGCUGAGAGAAGGCGUGGUCUGCAUCAACUUUAGCAGCUUCAGGAACUUUGACGGGCCGGCGGUGAAGGAGAAGGCGAGUAUUUAUGUGCCGAGCAUUGGCAAGGUUACUAUUGCGGUGUUGUUGAGGAAUUUGGUGCGGCUUAUCGCCAACAGCCCACGGCAGGAGGGGACGAGUGAUGAUGCGCAAAAGGCGAGGGAGGGGGCUUUCAAGGAUGACUAG